AUGCCUUCGCCGGCCGUCAUCAUCCCCGGCUCGCCAACCUCUAGUGAGGCCACGCUCACUGAUGGCGACAGGGCCUUUGAGAAAUGCUACUCGAAGGAGUUGGACACCCUGUCUCUCGAUACCACAGUAGACAUCGAUCUCGAGGCCCAGACUCCCCAGCGCAAGCCCAAGUUGUUUGCCUCGACCCGAUAUGCCAUCCUCACACUAUAUCGGCGCCUCUUCACACUAGUCUUCUGCGCCAACCUUGCCCUAUUUGUGGUCAUCAUGACCACCGAUCAAACAUUGUUGGCCUUGGUCAACGCCACAGCAGCCAACUUGCUUGCGUGUGGUCUGGCCCGCCAGCCACUGGUCGUCAACGCCAUUUUCUUGAUAGUAUGCUCGAUACCCAGAUCAGCACCACUUCCUCUCCGUCGCAUCGCUGCCAAAGUUUACCAUUAUGGCGGUGUCCAUAGUGGGUGUGGUGUCGCUUCCCUCGUGUGGUACGUGGGAUUUGUGGGCGUCAUGUCACACCAGUACUGGUCACCAUCGGCAGCCAACGCAAGCAUCAUCACAUCAGCAGCGCCCGUUGCGUUGGCUUACAUCAUCCUGGUCCUAUUGCUGGCGAUUAUCAUCGUGUCCCACCCCGCGAUUCGAAUGAAAUUUCACGAUUAUUUCGAACUCAUUCACCGUUUCUCGGGGUGGCUUGUCGUUGCCCUGUUCGUGGCCCUGCUACUGGUCAUCUCGCAGCAGGCCAGUCAGGCCCAGAACCAAUCGCUUGGCAGAUUCCUUAUCGAGCUACCAGCCUUCUGGUUUUUGAUGAUCACGGUGGCGGCUAUCAUCCAACCGUGGCUGUUCCUCCGCAAGGUUGCGGUGCGGGCCGAGCCACUCUCGACCCACGCUACCCGUCUGCACUUUGACCAUGCCAUCACCACAUUUGGCAAGGGUAUCCAACUCGCCAAACAUCCCCUCCGUGACUGGCAUGGAUUUGCCACCUUCCCUGACCCUGCACCUAAGAUUGUCGACGGCAAGCCUACCUUCUCAUGCUUGAUCUCGAAGGCCGGGGACUGGACGACUGCGACGAUCCAACAGCCGCCUACCCACCUCUGGAAGCGUGGCGUGCUGAUUUAUGGUUUUGCAUAUGCUAUGCGUGUUUUCAAAAGAGUGAUUGUCGUUACCACCGGAUCGGGCAUUGGUCCCUGUCUGUCAUUCCUCGGUGACGAUAACAGGCCCGCCCUGCGUGUGCUCUGGCAAACUCGUGCUCCACAAAAGACAUACGGUGAGGGAGUGUUGCACAUGGUCCACCAGAUGGAUCCAACUCCCAUCAUCCUGGACACCAAUAAGUGUGGGCGUAUCGACAUGGUCCCAAUCAUCCUGAAGCAGGUCAAAGACUUCAAGGCUGAAGCGGUGUGCGUCAUCAGCAACCCUAUGCUGACGGGGCGCAUCGUUUAUGAGCUUGAAUCGCGAGGGACCCCGGCAUUUGGGCCGAUUUUUGAUUCCUGA